AUGGUUGUAUUCUAUUACAGGACUGAUAUAAUUGAUGCUGACACAGAGGUCUUUUUACCAGAGGGGAAAUUAACGAUUCAAUUUUAUCUGGUUAACGCUGAGAGCGAUAUGUCAUGGAGCCAGCCCGGGACAGGCCAUUAUGCUCCCUCAAGAGGGUUUUUGCUUCCAUCAUCAAUCUGCUUCCCUCGGCUGGAGCCGGCUUCAAUAGCAGCUGAUAGCCCUCUGUAG